AUGCCUGAACCCGCGAAGUCCGCGCCCAAGAAGGGCUCCAAGAAAGCCGUGACCAAGACCGCCGGGAAAGGCGGCAAGAAGAGGAGAAAGAGCAGGAAGGAGAGCUACGCCAUCUACGUGUACAAGGUGCUGAAGCAGGUCCACCCCGACACCGGCAUCUCCUCCAAGGCCAUGGGCAUCAUGAACUCGUUCGUCAACGACAUCUUUGAGCGCAUCGCCUCUGAAGCGUCUCGUCUGGCUCACUACAACAAACGCUCCACCAUCACCUCCAGGGAGAUCCAGACCGCCGUGCGCCUCCUGCUGCCCGGGGAGCUGGCCAAGCACGCCGUGUCCGAGGGAACCAAGGCCGUCACCAAGUACACCAGCUCCAAGUAGACCAACACCCAAUACAAACCAACGGCUCUUUUAAGAGCCACACACCCAAUCUGCAGAGCAUUAAACUUUCUUUAACCACCAAAUAUGAAUAUUGAAUAAUCAUUAGUCUGGGUUUAAGAAUAAACCUUAAUAUGUCUAUAUGUUCCUUGUCGGUCUGUUGUGAACUGUUACCCGCAAGGAUAUAAUAAACUGUUAGUUUGCACCCGUGGAAAGUGAUGAAAUUCAUCAGUGACAUUUCAGUUAUUGUAAUGCAAAGUGUUGUGGUAUUUACAAUAUUUCCUAUGGUCGUUAGUCAAUACAGACUAGCAACUUGUGAAUUUAAUAUGAACAUUUUCUUUAUUGUAGCCUAUUGCGUUUACAUGGGCAUAUUCUUCUU